AUGAUGGUGGAAGACGCCCUCGUACCUUUCGAGCCAUGCGAAGGCGAGGUGCGGAACGGAUCUACUCGCAGCCUCGGUGCAGAGUUGCAGCUGAGCUGCCCGACAGCCCACGUGCUGGUGGUCGGCAGCACUCACAUCCGCUGCGUCAGGGAGGACGGCAACGGCACAGACGGCAACGGCACAGACGACCAAGGCCUUUGGGAGGACGUAUCGGGCGGUGAGCUGCAGAGCCCGGUGUGCGAGCUGAGCGAUCACUGGUGUCCCAAGCCGAUGCCUGCCGCAAAUGCCUUCCUCUUCAAUGCCACACACGGCCGGCGCCUGGGCUCAUUUGCCUACUUCCGCUGCCUCAACGACCUGGAGCUAGAGCCAGACAGCGGCAGCAUCACGCUGCGCUGCGGCACGGCACCAGAUGGGCAGUCGGGGCUGUGGCUGGACGCCUUCGGGGCACCUGCACAGCCCUUGAGCUGUCGACAGAAGGCCACCACACAGACCAGCACCACCAGCGCCAUCCCCAACCGGGCUGACUUGAUUUCGGGCCUUCCAGGGGACCAGGGCCUCAAGGCGGUGCGCUACCACGCUGCUAACGCCACUCUGGGCUGUGGCUAUCCCUUCGUCAAUGUGGGAGGGGACGAGCACGUCUAUUGCGUCAUCGGCGCAGCUGCAACAGCCGACGGCACCGCUGGCCGUUGGGUGGAUGCUGCCUGGGCCUAA